UUUCUCCGUUAGAUCUUGGCUUUCUUUUCUGUAAUUUUCUUAAUAGUAAUUAGUAACAAUAAUUAAAUAUAUUAUUGUUUUUCCCCUGAAUAAAAAGGGCGCUGUAAUUUAGGCAUUCUUGGGCGAUUGUUUGGCAAAGAGGAGAAAGAGACAAAAACGAAAAUCUAAUCUUUGGGUUUUUCUUUAUUCUCCCUCUUUUUUGUGAUUUAUGAGAAUCGAGGGAGAAGAAGAAUGAACCAUGCCGGUACAACGUAACGGAGCACGCAAGGGCCGGGCAGCAGCACCGAAGCGACAACAGCAACAACAACAGCCGAAUCCGGUCGAGGAGGGGGAAGCGAUCGCGACGCGCACUAGAAGGCGGAGGCGGGCGGCUGAAGCUGCUGCGGCGGCGGAAGACGAGGAGCCUGUGAUAAACAAUAACAACGGCGACGGUGAGAAUAAGAAUACGAAACAGCAGGCGCAGGGGGGCAAUGACAAGUUAGCUGUCGCGGCGGCAGUUGGGGAGAAGGAGAAUAACAACAACAAUGAUAAUAGUAAUAAUAAUAGGGUUUUAGUGGAACGGGAUAGAGUGGAGAAAGAGGAAAUCGGGGAUAAGGAGAUGGACGGGUUCGAUAACGGAGGAAGGCGGAGCAGUGAUAAGGGGAAUGCCGGUGAGGAUGUAGCCAACACCGCCCCGAUUCCUGAAAAGGUUCAAUUUGGGGGAUCCCCAUUGUAUAGAAUUGAAAAGAAGUUGGGCAAGGGUGGCUUUGGACAGGUAUUUGUAGGUCGGUGUGUUUCUUCAGUAAAUACAAAGGAUAGAAAUGUCUCUGGGCCUGUAGAGGUUGCCUUGAAAUUUGAGCAUAAAAGUAGCAAAGGAUGUAACUAUGGACCGCCACAUGAGUGGCAAGUUUACAAUACACUUGGUGGCACUCAUGGUAUACCCCGAGUACACUAUAAGGGCCGUCAGGGUAACUAUUAUAUCAUGGUUAUGGAUAUGCUGGGUCCAAGUCUGUGGGAUGUUUGGAAUAUUAACAAUCAUACAAUGUCUGUUGAAAUGGUUGCUUGCAUUGCUAUUGAAGCAAUAUCUAUAUUGGAGAAGAUGCACUCUAAAGGCUAUGUGCAUGGAGAUGUAAAGCCUGAGAACUUUCUUCUAGGUCAUGCUGGGACUCCUGAUGAAAAAAAAUUAUUUCUUGUUGAUCUUGGAUUAGCAACUAGGUGGCGAGAUAGUUCAACAGGUUUACAUGCUGAAUAUGACCAGAGACCAGAUGUUUUUAGAGGAACAGUCCGUUAUGCCAGUGUGCAUGCUCAUUUAGGGAGAACUUGUAGCCGGAGAGAUGAUCUUGAAUCCCUUGCAUAUACACUUGUUUUCCUUCUUAAAGGCCGUUUACCUUGGCAAGGAUACCAGGGAGACAAUAAAGGGUUCCUUGUCUGCAAGAAGAAGAUGUCAACAUCUCCAGAGGCCUUGUGUUGCUUUUGUCCUUUGCCUUUCAUACAGUUUAUUGAAUAUGUAGUCAACUUAAAGUUUGAUGAAGAACCUAAUUAUGCAAAAUACAUAUCUCUGUUUGAUGGGAUUGUUGGUCCAAAUCCAGACAUCCGCCCAGUUAACACAGAAGGUGCACUGAAGCUUAUUAAUCAAGUUGGUCUAAAGAGAGGCCGGUUGUCUAUGGAUGAGGAGGAAGAUGAACAACCAAAGAAGAAGGUUCGUCUAGGCAUGCCAGCAUUGCAGUGGAUUAGUGUUUACAAUGCUCAUAGGCCUAUGAAGCAAAGGUAUCACUAUAAUGUGUCCAAUGAAAGGCUUGAACAGCACCUUGAGAAAGGAAAUGAGGAUGGUUUAUUUAUUAGCACUGUAGCUUCCUGUGGAAACCUAUGGGCUGUUAUAAUGGAUGCUGGUACCGGAUUCUCUGAUCAAGUCGUUCAACUCUCAUCCGAUUUCCUUGAUAAGGAAUGGAUAAUGGAGCAGUGGGAGAAAAACUAUUAUAUCAGCGGUAUAGCAGGGUCUGCAGAUGGAGGCUCCUUGGUAGUAAUGUCAAAGGGUACUUCGUAUUUGCAGCAGUCAUACAAAGUGUGUGAUUCUUUUCCUUUUAAGUGGAUUAACAAAAAGUGGAGAGAGGGUUUUUAUGUCACCUCAAUGGCCACUUCUGGUAGCAGAUGGGCAGUUGUUAUGUCUCGUGGUGCUGGAUUUAUCGACCAGGUUGUUGAACUUGACUUCCACUAUCCUAGUGAAGGCAUCCAUCGUCGGUGGGAUAAUGGGUAUCGUAUAACUGCUACUGCAGCGACUCAAGACCAGGCUGCCUUUAUCCUCAGUGUGCCAAGAAGGAGGGCAGCAGUUGAAACACAGGAAACCCUUAGAACUUCAGCAUUCCCCAGCACUCAUGUGAAGGAAAAGUGGUCGAGGAAUCUUUACCUUGCUUCCGUUUGUUAUGGACAAACCGUCUCAUGAGCUGCCCCAUUCUUUUGUUUAGGAUCUCCUUGGUGACAUGGUUGAAGAUCCGGGCCUGUCAAACUUCUCAACUAGCUAUCCAUAUGGUCAAAACCAAGCCCUCCAUCUUGGAUCGAUGAGGGUGUAGAGAAAUUUUAAGCAGUGCAGGCUUUCAAAUCAACUGUAACUAAAGUAUAGAAACUUGUAGUUGAACAGUUUAGUUGCAUUCCUCCAUCCCCCGGAACCUGGAAAUGAUAGGUCAGUCUGUUAAGUCUUGCCUAGUAUCGAGUACUUUUGUUUUGGGCAUUUGCCAAAAUGGAAAAUUUUCUCAUUA